UAGGUGGUUGCCCCCUCCCUCUCCUGAGAUGUCAGGAAGGAGGGGGCCACCUGUGUCCUCCACAGGGGCCCCCCGGAGACUGGGGGCCCCCAGCACUGGAGCUCGGAGGUGGAGGAGGUGCUGACAGGUGCGCUGAGAGAUGCUCCCUCGCCCCUCGUGCUCCCUCCCCAUCCUCUUCCUUUUCCUCCUCCCCAGUGUCCCAAUGGAGCCCCAGCCCCCACCCUCACCACUGCCCCCUUUUCUGGCCCCCGAGUGGGACCUUCUGUCCCCCCGAGUAGUCCUGUCCCGGGGUGCCCCUGCCGGGCCCCCUCUCCUCUUUUUGCUGGAGGCCGGGGCCUUUGGGGAGUCAGGAGGUGGCCCGGCCAACCGCAGCCGGCGUGGAGUGAGUGAGACGGCACCAGCGAGUCGCCGGGGUGAGCUGGCCGUGUGCGAUGCAGUCAGCGGUUGGGUGACAGACCGCCGGACGGCUGUGGACUUGCGUGGGCGCGAGGUGGAGGUGCUGGGCGAGGUCCCUGCGGCUGGUGGCAGUCCCCUUCGCCAGUACUUCUUCGAGACCCGCUGCAAAGCCGAUAGUGCGGAGGAAGCUGGCCCGGGUGAGGCUGGCGGGGGCUGCCGGGGUGUGGACCGAAGGCACUGGCUGUCUGAGUGCAAGGCCAAGCAGUCCUAUGUGAGGGCGUUGACUGCGGAUGCCCAGGGCCGUGUAGGCUGGCGAUGGAUUCGAAUUGACACUGCUUGCGUCUGCACACUCCUCAGCCGGACUGGCCGGGCCUGAGGCCGAUGCCCAGGAGCUGAUCAGACAGAGAAGGAACAGAGCUGGAUGCUGAGAGACCUCAGGGGUGGCCUGGCUGCUCUAAGGACCUCCGUUUGGGAACUUGUCAAGUGAUGGCAAAAUCACAGCUCUCUGAUCUUGCGAGCCCAAUCUGUGCAGGAUGGGUGAUGAAACCAAAUGGGUUUUCGAAGGAUGAAUAGAAGUUCUCCUGGAGGAACUUGAGAAUAAGGAUGGUAACAAUAAUAAUAACCAAUGUUUAGUGAGUGGCUACUGUUUAUCAACCCCAAUACAUAUCUCCUCGGCUCAACUCUCAUG